AUGCUCUGGACUCUGCUCUCUCUGAGUCUCGUCCACUCGUCCGUCUCAGAGACUCUGGGAACCACCACCAGCUUCUUCCCCAAAGCUAACCACUCUGACGGCUCUAUGGAGGUGACCUCCAGGGACUGCGGUGUGGGGAGAUGGGAGUGUUACCGUGGCGACUGUGGGAAUGUGAUUUUGUCUGAGGACCACGUCCUCUACAACGAUGGAGACUUCUGCCAAGUCCAACACCUCUACACUCUGCAUGUCCCAACCUCUGCGCCGUUUGUGAUCAGGUCCAACAUCGGCGCCGACGUAGGAGAAGACAUUUCUGGUCUGAGCCAAAAAUGGAGGAACCUGACGGAGGUGGAAGUGAGGACCCGCUCUGACACCGGACGAGCAAACUCCUCUCCACUGACCUCCUCUCUGCCAAACCUGCGGAUCCCGGUGAACUGCCCACGGUCCCACAGGCUGCUGAGGUGGGACCCUGAUGGAGACCUGGUCCGGUGCAGAUUCAUGUCCAUCUCUCAGUUCGACUGUGAGGACUGUUCGGAGGUGGCUCUGCUCCCAGACAGGAACUGGUUUCCAUCUGUGAGGUGUAACUGCUGUGCCCUAAAACUCCAUCCUAAAGGUUGUGAAGGUGGAGUUUUCCGGUCAGAGUGCUCCGUCCUGCACACGCCCGGCCUGCUGCCCCCUGGUGGUGUCCUGAUGGUCACCUACAUCAUGGAGGACUUCCCUCAGACCAGCAUCAACCUGAGCCUCAGCACCACAGAGACCAGGACGAGGAGGGAGAGCCUCAGCAAGGUCCCUGUGCAGUUCUUUAUCACAGUGGACCCUCCAGUCCCAGAUUGUGUAUCAGGACGUUAUCUUCCAGAGUUUGUUCCGCCGACUCCAGAGCACGAGGCCGUGGUCUUCGCAGCUGUGCUCCAGCCCUUCAUCGUCACCAUCGUCUUCAUCGCCAACUUCUCCUUGUCCCCGGAGCUCGUCCAUAACGGUCCGGUCAACAUGACGGUUGUCCGCACCGCGACCCAAGAGUUCUCUCUGGUCUGGACUCCAGCAAAGGAUCAUGGGAACCAGCAGCAGCCGGUGUGCUACGUCGUGGAAGUCACCUCUCUGGUGGGCAGGCAUCAGUCGGAGCAGCGGUGUUUCGUGGUGAUCGUUGUGAACGCUCCUCAGUUCCUGUCUGUGACUCCAGCAAAUAACUCAGUCCUCUCGGUCUCACUGGGUCACACUCUGACUGUCCCGGUCCAUGUGGAGACGCCCUCAUCUCCUUACGGGUUGGUAUUUCAGGGUCCCGCAAACAUGACCCUGAACUCCACCUUAGGCGGAGAUCACUUCCUGCUGCGAUGGACGCCGUCUGCGGUCGACGUGAGGAAGAACGUGACCCUCGUCUUCUUCGCCGUGUUUCACAACUUUGUACAAAGGUAUUUACACCUGUCUCAAAAGGGUUAA